UAUUGAUAAUAGCAUGUAAAUAACAAGUUCAAUCGUGACCCCUCCCCCUAAAAAAACCACUGUAUGAUAUGGGUCACACACGGCCGAUCACCGCGAUCUUAAUUGCAUGCUAACUGCACUGUGAUGACGUCAUUAGAAUAUCAUCAAGCUGGAAUAAAAGUCCGAGAAUUAAUACAAUUUGAUCAAGCUAGGCCAGGGGUUCCGUACGAGGUGUGUCACCAUGUUUUCUCUUCUCUAUGGGUUAUGGCAGUUCAUGUUCAGACGAGAUGAGUUCUUUAUUCUCAUCCUUGGUUUAGAUAAUGCUGGUAAAACGACCUUCUUAGAACAAGCACAGAUGCAGUUUGUGAGGGGAUACAAGGCUAAGGCACUAGACAAAAUUACAACCACUGUUGGCCUAAAUAUUGGAAAGAUUGAUACCUCAUCUAUUCGGCUGAUGUUCUGGGACCUCGGUGGGCAAGAGGAGCUGCAGGCAUUAUGGGAUAAGUAUUAUGCUGAAUCUCAUGGAUUGAUCUAUGUAGUAGAUUCCUCAGACCCUGAUAGGUUAGAAGAAUCAAGAAUAGCUUUUGAGCAAAUGUUAGAAAGUGAAGCAUUGAUGGGAGUCCCUCUUCUUGUCUUAGCAAACAAACAAGAUGUCCAGGGCCAUCUUCCAGCAGAAGAGGUAAAGAAGGAAUUCAACAAGACAGCUAAGCUGAUGGGUCACAGAGCAUGUCGGUUACAACCAGUAUCUGCAUUGACCGGAGAAGGAGUUCAUGAAGGUAUCGCAUGGCUUGUAGAUAGUGUUAAACACAAUGCACCAUGGAGACCGCCUAGAGAAGCAGAAAUUCAUUGAAUGCCUGGGAACCAUCCAAAUACCAAGGAUCUAAUGUCAACAGCGCCCCCUUCUGGCAUAUCACAGCCAAUCUUUCAUCUCCCUAUCUAUCUAAAGGAGGCUUCACAUAAUAAAUCGAUAUGGGCUUUUGAAAGAAAUUUGCAAUUAAUCCCAUGUCACUUUUAUAUCCUCAAAUGAUGCAAGUCUUGCAAUUUAAUGCAAAGCCAUCAUACAACUCCAAAUCAAGCACAAGCUUAGUAUUUUUCUUUCUUUCUCUCUUAUUCCAACCAAGAGUAGAAAAUGUUAUGCUUUGGCUAAAAUUGAUCCACCAAUAGCAAUUGGAAUAUGCAAUUAAUGGCAUAUGAACUUCUUGCAAUGUAUGUUUGUUUCAUGAUCAUGGUUGGUUAGUAAGUUGAAUAAACCAAUAAUAUAAAGGUUUUAUAAAAUAUGUUAUAUAUUUUUAUUAUAUAUCGCCAAUAAUGAUAACCGGCUUGGGUUUACUUCUGUAUGUAAUGGAGGUAAGAGUUUAAUAUUUCUUGGGAAUUGUUGGUUGCUAUGAUUUAAGAGGAAAUUGUACUGGUUUUUGGUUGAAAUUCACAGGGCUUUAUUUGUCCAUCUUAUAUCCUUGAAGCAUGGAGGGCUGUACAUCUUAAAAUUGUAAAAAAAAGAGGAUCAUAUUCAUUUUGUAGGCAAAGAACAUUUCUUGAGAAGAUUCUAGUUAUUUCGAUUUAAGUUUGUUUAUUCAUAGAAAUAUUGCUAAAGUGAAGUUUUAGCUGUGUAUACAUACAGCAAAUCUGUACAACAAGAUGAAUAAAAUAAUGUCUUGAAUCUUUUGUUACCUAAAAAAAUAAAUAUUUUUACAACAGGUUUGAAAAAAAAAAUAUAUUUUAGUAUUCUGAAAUAAGAUGCAACAUUCUUUUGACUUUAAACAGUUCUUUACAUAAUUUAGGAGAUUGUUUUCAGAUAAUAUGAGGUUGUCAAUCAUUGUCACAUUUCAUAAAUACCGAUAUUCCUAGGUCCCGUCUUACAAAGAGUUACGAUUGAUCCAAUCACCCUCGAUCCUUUGGAAAUCCAUAAUUCUAAUAUUUUCUACUUGAAAUUUGAACUAUGUCCUUUGUAAACAAAGAGAAGGACAAUGAAUUUUUAAGAAAACGAUGAAUGUAUGAAUAUACAUCACAGUCGGAAAAUAUUUUGAACAAUCAUGUAUAAUAGAAGUUGACCUUACUGGCUUUCCAUAGUUGUGGUUGAUUGGAUCAAUCGCAUCUUUGUAAGACGGGGCCCUGAACUCAGUGAGCUGUCACCAUUAAAAAAAAUGUUUUGAUGCAAAGUUUUUCACAACCCAUGUAUAAGAAUGAAUAAACACACAAAUAGAUCAGUUAAAAGGAUUAACAAGUGGGAAGUAUCUUAGGUCAAAGGUGAAUUAGUCAGAUCUUGCCCUCGUAAAAUUUCAGAUCAAAUCCCUCGUAUUGAAAGAUUUGCCAUAAUUCCACUUCUACUCAUCAGCAGAUAACUACCAUUGUUAAAGAUGAUGAUAUCGCAUGUUAUACAAUGGUGAUAUGGAUCCUUAUCAAUUGAUUGGCUGAAAGCUAUCAUGUGACCAGUCAUUUAUUUCAGCUGAUGACUAGUACUAUUGACUGGUUCUAUUGACCAGUCAUAGUUUUGAGAUGAGAGGAUGGUUUAUCAAAUAACAAGGAUCCACAUCACUAUCUUAUAAAACAAAUAAUACACAUAAUUUUGCUGGUUUAUUUCCAAUUUGUCUAAUGCCAAUUCGUCUAAUUAGCAACGUGUCUACUAUCAUUUGGUCGUCUUCAAUUCGUCCACUGUCCACAUGGUCUAAUUGACAUUUAGUCCACUCACCAUUUUGUCUAAAAAUCAAUUGGUCCAAUAGCCAUUUAGUCCAUAAAACAUUUGGUCUAAUUGCAUAAGUGUUGAUUGUGCGAAAGGAAUGAAAAAAAAUGGGUAUUAGAUCAACAAGUUUUUAGACGAAAUGGUCAUAGACCAACUGGUCAUAGACCAACUGGUGAAUAGACUAAGUGGUGAUUGGACCAUGAUGGUUAUUGGACCAAAUGAUUGUUAGAUGAAAUGUUGAUGGACGGAAUGACUAAAUGAAGGUACAUGUAGACCAUGUGGUGAGUGGACAAGUUGGCAAUAGACGAAUCAGGAGUUUACCAUUUUGCUUGGACAUUUAAGAAUAAUUACACUUAAUUUUGAAGCAGUCCCAUUGGACAAUCGAUCAAUAUAAAUUAUCAUAUAGAAUAAGAAUAAUAAAAAUGUUAGGGAAUACACAGUCCUCAAUCUUGAGUUGAAUUGGAACGGUGGAGUACACGUAUUGGGGUUUAACAAUACUUUAAAUCAGAAUGUAUGUUAUUUAUUGUAAAGUUGUUUUUUUAUAAAAUGGUAUAUGUAUAUAAAUGGAA